CUCAAAAUAAAUCCAAAUCUAAAUUUCAUUCAACUCAUGACGCCAACAGGUGUGCACUGUUCGCUAGAAAGUUCCCUGGUCAACCUGUAGCUACCUCUGUUACCCAGAGGCCUACUCCACAAUAUAUCGAUCCAGUUGAAACUGGUUUGCAAUAUUCUUCUAUACCUUCCGAUA